GUUCAUGUCCCUGUUGUCGGUGGUCACGGUGGCUGUGCUAUUCUGGCUCUCUUCUCGCAUGCUACACCUUUUGUAAAGUUGGAUGAGAACACCAUCAAGGCUUUGGAUGAACAUGUCCAGACUGCUGUCACUGAAGUCGUCGAUGCUCUCGCUGGUGCAGGUUCGGCCUCUCUGUCUAUGGCAUACUCUGCUGCUGAGUUCAUCGAUACUGUCAUCCGUGGUUUACAACAACAAGGAGGAGGAGACUACCAGCAACAGAAGAAGGCCACGCCGUCUGCCUGCGCCUACGUCAGCUGGCCUUAUCAAGGGUGUGAGUUCUUCGCCCAGGUUACCAACUUUGGUCCCGAGGGUAUCGAAGGUGUACAGCCGAUCGACAACUUAAGUCCAUUUGAAGAAAAGAGGAUGAUCGAAACUGUCAAUAAGGUGAAGGGAGAUGUGGAGAAAGGUAUGGCUUACGUUGAGGCCCACCAGAAUUAA